AUGGGCUCCCAAGACUCCCUGUCCAACUGGCAGCACAAGGUUGCCCAAAAGCAACAAGAAUGCCUGCAGAAGAUCCCCGCUGAGUGGAAGAUACCAGAAAGCCUCCUCUCUUCCCUACAGCUACCACUUGCCGAGAACAAAAAUGACCUGAUCCAGGGUGAUGCUGUCCGCAAAUCUGGUAUCUUAACCGAGCGAGAACUGCAAAUCACAGAGGAAUACACAGUCUCUGGUCUUCUGUCAGCAUUGGCGGAGGGAAGCUUGACCUCGCUCGAAGUGACACUGGCAUUUUCCAAGCGAGCUGCAGUGGCGCAACAAUUGGUAAACUGUCUCACAGAGACUAUGUUUUCGGAAGCCCAAGAGCGAGCCAAAUACCUCGAUAACCUCAAGGCGCAAGGCAAAUCUGCGGGUCCAUUGCAUGGCCUUCCAGUUAGCAUCAAGGACCUCUUCCAUGUCAAGGGAACGCAUGCAUCCAUUGGCAUGAUCUCUUUUCUGGACGAGAGAUCGACUGAGAACUCGCCUUUGGUCGAUAUUUUGCUAAGCCUGGGAGCUGUUAUUUAUGUCAAGACGAAUAUUCCUCAAACAAUGAUGACCGCCGACUCGCACAAUAAUGUCUUUGGUCGUACCCUGAACCCCCAUAACACUCUCUUAGGACCUGGUGGAUCCAGCGGGGGUGAAGGCGCUCUUAUUGCCAUGAGAGGUUCGCCCCUAGGCGUCGGAACCGAUAUUGGAGGUUCAAUCCGUAUUCCCGCUCUGUGCUGCGGAACGUACGGCUUCCGGCCCAGUGCGUCUCGUAUCCCAAACGGUGGCGGCCGCACCUGUAGCACCCCAGGCAUGAAGUUCAUCCUGUCCUGUGCGGGGCCGCUAGCUCUGGAUAUGGAUGCAAUUGAAGUCUUCCUCAAGACGGUCAUAGAUGCGAGACCCGGUCUGUACGAUUCCUCGGUCAUCGACGUGCCCUGGAGAAUAGCCACAGUCCGACGUCCUCUGCGAAUUGGCGUCAUUCCCCCAAGCCCUAUCUUCCCUUUGCACCCACCAGUGCAAAGGACCUUGGCGGAGGCAGCUAAGUUACUGAAAGCUCAAGGUCAUCAAAUCAUAGAGCUGUCGGCAGAGGAAUGUCAGGUAAUGGAGAUCAACGAAGUCGCGUGGAAUACCUUUACUCUCGACCGUGGAGCUAUGGAGCACUUACAGGCAGCCGGCGAGCCACCGGUGCCUGCUCUCAUUCAUAUCCAGCGCCAGGUGGAGAUACUCCAGCAGGCGGGGAAAACUUCUCUGCCUGAUUUCAGCCAUCUAGAUCGGCUAGGCAAACUUGCUGCCCUCAAUGCCAAGAGAGCCGAACUUCGAGAGACCUGGAGGAAGAUGUGGAGCAGCCACGAUCUGGAUAUCUGUCUCGCGCCACCGGCUCAAAACACGGCUGUUCCGCAUGAUAUGUUUGGACUCGCACCGUACACGACUUUCUUAAACUGUCUUGACUAUCCUUCGUGCAUCAUUCCUUUCGGACAGGUCAACGAGAUGGAUGCCCAGAAGGCCUUUGAGCUUGCUCCUGGUCAGGCUGGACCGCCUUACAACUUCACGCAGCUGAAAGGAGCACCUGCAUACCAGGUGCUUGUGGAGGAGCUUGCUCUCGCUGUUUUCGACUGCACCAUUCCUGUACCUACACUCGAAGACGUGAGCGGCCGGGACGCAAACCGAAAUCUCGUCCAGGCAGAGGGCGAAACAGACGAAACCAAAGCCGCACUCCGGCUAGCGACCUAUCAAGGCAAGCAGCUCUCCGAAAUCCCGGAGUGUUACGUGCUCGAAGUAUGCACCUUUUUCUCUCUGGGGCCAACUCUCGGUCGGGAGAUGCGCGAGAUUAUACGCUCCCGUAUCGUCAGAGCCCCUCUGCUCCUUUUGGACCCCUACGUUUCUAUCGCUCGCGCGGUUCUUCGUGGAACUGCGCAACAGGCUCGCUGUAGUGACAUUGAUUUGUCAACCUGUGCCUCUGCGCUGCAGAUGCUGAGAAAUGCACGCCUCACGAAACUUGAAGAUGCGGGGACAUUCCUGGCCCUUGGACUCAGCCUUGUGACUUUCCACAGAUUGAUAUCGACUAUCUCGGCUACCACCAUUUGCCGGUUUACGUUGUCACUCGUUCGGCCCUGGUAUCCUGAACUAUGGCAUGACGCAAGCAUUAGUAUGGAGCUGGGUUGUCUCAUCUUUCUUGAUACCACUCAGUCGUUGUUCCGAGGUCGAGUUCCGGUAAUGGAAUACCGAGUUCACGACCCUGAAACAAUAGACAGAUUUGCUGGCCUGUGCGGCCCUUUGCUCCCUCUGCUUUAUCGUCUUUGCCUCAUGAUUGCCGCCGUUAAGGCUGGCGGCGAGUAUCAAUCAUCCUCGGUCGAGUUUGACCGUCUUGCGAGGGAAAUCACCGCGUGGGCUCCCUACGUUUCCCCCGCUACCUUGAACCGCUUCUCCGAGGUAGAGAUGCUUCUCCUCAUGACGCAGGCGAAUGUGCAUCGCGCUAGCGCCCUUCUCAUUCUACAUCGACUACGCUAUUCUUUCGGGGAACGAGACGGAGAAGCAGCUUCCCUAUCAGAGUCGAUAGUCUCCCAAUUGGCGGAAUGUCUCGCGGUCACGGGCCAAUAUCCGCCCAACAUCACCCUUGCGAUAAUGGUGGCUGCCGGCGAAGCAGUGUCUCCACCUGAUCGAGAACGAAUCCUAUCGCUGAUACCUGGAAUCAAGGGGUCAACCUUCUACCCAUUUGCGUGGAAUCUGCGCAUGCUGAUAGCGAACAUCUGGUCCGAGCGGGAUCAGGGCACCGAAAAGUUCCUAUAUCGUCUGUUUGACCGGAAUCCAGAACUCGCCAUUCCCCUAUGA